CACCCAGCAGCGGCGGGCAGCAGUAGUUUGCGCUCUCGGUAGUAUCACAACGGGUGUAUCGCGCGCGCCGCAUCGAAACCGCAUUACGUACGUAUACGACGUACGUAGUCGGCCGUCCCGUUUUGCUUCGGACUCGGACUUGGUUUACGACAGACGUCGCGCUGCCUUCGUCCGCUGGAAGAGAGAAAGAAGAGACAGAAAGAGGAAAGCAAGAGCCUUCGACGGAGAGUUCACGAGGUAUCCCCGGAGCGGACAUUCUCGACGAGAACGUGGGAUCGUAGGUGGGCCGGGAAGAGGAAGAAGAGGAUGAAGGGGAUGCUGGCGUUGGCCGCACUGCUCGGCGUCCUAUCGGUCUGCCGGGUGGAGGCGGUGUCGGAGAGGCUCGAAUUGGCACCAGUUGGCGGAAGAUCAGAGCCUCAGGUCGCUACCUUGUGUGAACCUGGCGAGGUAUACCUUGCUCAGCACAUGGGAGAGCAGGGUCGAUGGGUCUCCUCGACCGACAAGAAGAGCUGCAUGACGGACAAGCUGGAGAUCCUGGAGUAUUGUAAGAAGGCUUAUCCAAAGAGAGACAUCACCAACAUCGUCGAGUCGUCGCAUUACGUUAGGGUGAGCGGAUGGUGCAAACCCGGCAGAACCAAGUGCAAGCUUUCUCGAUGGGUCAAGCCUUACAGAUGUUUAGAGGGACCCUUCCAGAGCGACGCACUUCUCGUGCCAGAGGGCUGUCUCUUUGAUCAUCUUCAUAAUCAAACAAAAUGCUGGGAGUCUCACAGAUGGAAUGCCACGGCGGCGGAGACCUGCCGGGAGCGAAACAUGAAUCUGCGUAGCUUCGCGAUGUUGCUGCCAUGCGGCAUAUCUCUGUUCUCCGGCGUCGAGUUCGUAUGCUGCCCGAAACACCUGAAAGAGAACGUGAAGGUAAAGAAGCCGAUUGAUCUGCCCAUACCGAAGAGCGUGGAUGAUGAUCUCGACGAGGAUGAGGACGAUCUCGACGACGAAGAUGACCUGGACGGCGACGCAGAGGACGAAGACAAUUCUGAUGGUGAUCUCGAGGACAUGCUUAGCGAUCAACCCAAUGAGGACGAAAGCGAGGAGGAGUAUGAUGAUCUCGACGAUUACGACACGACUACCAGUCGACCAUCGACGACCGUUUCCACGACGGAGAAAGCCAAACAGGAUGCGACGGCAAUGCCGCUGCCGGUUAGCACGAGCACGCAGCAGCCCUCUCAACCGCAAGGCACUCCCGAUCCUUAUCUGACGCACUUCGAUCCGCGAUCCGAGCAUCAGAGUUACAAGCAGGCUCAGAUGCGACUUGAGGAGGUGCACAAGGAGAAAGUAACGAAAGUGAUGAAGGAUUGGAGUGACCUCGAGGAGAGAUAUCAGGACAUCAGAGCCCACGAUCCCGUCGCCGCGGACGCUUUCAAACGCUGGAUGACGGCGCGAUUCCAGGAGACGGUCGCCGCCCUCGAGGAGAGCGGCGCGGCAGAGAAGCAUCAGUUAAGCGCAAUGCACCAACAGAGAGUGCAGGAGGCUGUUAAACAGAGAAACGAGGAAGCCAUGUCAUGCUACACCGCGGCCCUCAACGAGACGCCGCCAAAUAUGCACCGUAUUCAAAAAUGCCUGCAAAAACUCCUCAGAGCCCUUCACAAAGACAGGCACCACACAAUCGCUCAUUACAAGCAUCUCCUUGACAGUAGCUUGGAACAGGCGCAGCGGGAGAAGCCGGCCACUCUGGAACAUCUGGCGGAAAUUGAUAGGAUUACCAAUCAGAGCCUCUUGAUGUUGGAACGAUAUCCAGAUCUAAGCGCGAAGAUCGGCCGUCUCAUGGACGAUUACGUUUUGGCCCUCAGGAGUAAGGAUGAAACUCCGGGAUUGCUGUUGGCGAUGACGCGCGAAGCGGAGGCAGCUAUUCUAGACAAGUAUCAGGCCGAUGUCGCUAGCAAACAGCAAGAAAAGGAACAUCAGAAACAACUUGAGCGAGCGCGCAAGGAACAACGUAAGGCAGAACGCGGCGAGUUACGCACCGAACAAGAACAACACGAGGAAAGUGAUUCAGCAAUCGAUACCAAGGAUAUUCCCCAGCAAUCGGAGCAACCCGCUGCGGUAGCUGCCAUGCAUAAUGAGGGAGUAGUUAGAGCAGCCCAUAUCAUGACUCACGAUGUCUCUCAUUCCGAGCCAGGUUAUUCUGUAAGGCGAGAGGUAUAUCACAGAGAAAGCCGAUCCGUCUACUUUACACUCGCAUUUGCUGGUAUAGCACUUAUGGCGGCUGCAGUUGUAGGCGUUGCAGUAUUCAAGAGACGUAGCGCGAGAAGCCCUCACAGCCAGGGCUUUAUCGAGGUUGAUCAAGCGGCCACGCCCGAGGAGAGACACGUUGCAAAUAUGCAGAUCAACGGUUACGAGAAUCCUACAUACAAAUACUUUGAAGUGAAGGAAUAAUUCGGCCAUCGCCUCGAGAGUCAUCACAGAUAUUUUAAUUUCUGAAGCUGGUCGCAAUCGCGUAUUCGUUCUCGCGUAUUUUCUUCAAGAAUCUCAUAGUAUUUUGUUAGAAUAAGAUAUAUAUAUAAAUAGUAUGUAUAUCUCUAACCUCCGAGAUUCUUCCGAAGAUCCGGACAUGUACAUCCCCGGAAUGCGCAAAUUCAAGAAACGCGUUUCCUAAUCGGCAGAUCGUACUUGCGAUGAGACAACCGCCGUACAUUGCGUCCACUCGUAUGCACCACGGGCCACGUGUCGCGGUGUAAAUCGAUUUCGCGAAGAAUUGACAAUAUAAAUGUAAAAUACAGUUUAUAGCAGGGACACGCUGGAUGGGAAACGAAACGGAUUCUACGGGAGAUAAAAUAACGUAGAAUUCAGCAUACCUAUGUGCCAUACGAACACGUGUGUUACACGCUAUCUUCGGAAGUAUCUCAUAUACACAUCGUUUUUAUUACGUUGUCAUACAUGUCGAUAUUAAAAACGCAGGAAGGAGCGCUCGUAUUGUAAAAGUAGUAUACGCCGUUUUUAGACGUACCUCGAUGUUCCUCCGCCUCUACACGUUAUGCACUCGAACUGGAAGCUCCGCGGAUCGAUUCGUCGACCGACAUUCGGUAACCGGUCACUCUCAUUCCUCGGGGACGAACGUUUGAAUGAUGCUAGAACGCGUUUACACGGACAAUGUAAGCGUAAGUGAACGCGUUGUCGUUGCGCUCUUUGCUGUAUUUUUAGGUUCUGAUAUUUUUGGAGAUAAUCAAUGGCAAUAAAACAUAAUGCAGCUUAAAUACUACACGAAAAAAAAAAAUGCGAUAGUGAUUGUAGUAGCUUAUCACUGGAGGCAGCAUAUAGAAAUAAAUACUCCGAUUAAUCGCGUAAUCGUUAACGUUAUGCUAAAAUAACCGAGCGCGCGAGCGAGCACUCUUAAAAUAUCAGAACAUACAUACACAUACACGUAUACACACCUCCAUCUCAUUGUUGCACGUUUUUACUCCUCUACCUUCGUGAUGCAGCUGUUUUAUUCCCUCCGUCUCCGUUCGAUUCCCACUGCCUGGUUUCUCUCGGUGACCUUUAUCAGUACUUAACGUCUACUCUUAGAUAAUAAAGAACCUUAAGACAUAAGAAAACUAAGAAUCAUUGACGUAUCUCGAGUUAAUGACGACGAGGAAGUAAGAUGCUCUAUCAUUCCACGCGAAAGUCCAUUUUGUCGAGGUGCUGAGAACGCUAGCAUGGAAAAUGUUCGGCAGUUUCGUUCGAUCUCGCCGAGAAACGACGCCCGCGACGCAUCGAACAGGUCACGUCGAUACUGCCGAACAAGAGGAACAGUUUAACCGGAGAUCAUUUUUGAGUGGCAUUAGUACCUCUGACGGUUAGGUACGAAAAAAAAAAAAAAAAAAACAAAAGGGAAGAAGUGGUGGCUGUUGAGAUAAGCGUUUCUUUUUCAUUUCCGCGUUUUGCGUUCUCGGGAGAAAAAAAAGGGAAAAGAUCGUUCAUAUAAUACUAUCUUAGGAUAUUACUAAUUAUAUACGACGACGACGAUGAUGAUAUAUUACACGUUUAAUGCUUAUAUAUUUGUAUAUGGUCAAACGAUAAAAAAAAAAGGUAGUAGUCAGCACUUUAGCGCCAGGGUCGCGUGGGGAAGCACAGUUCUUUUCUUAUUUAUCUCAGAACACAGUUACAUGAACAGCGUUACGCGCUUUUCGUCGAACUUGCGAAAAAAUGAGCUCGCGAUGUAGUGCAUUCAAUGUCACCGGCCAUGAAUACGCUGCCGCAUAGAGCCAUUACCGUCCCUACGGCCAUCAAUGGUCAGUGGUAAUAUUCAACUCCACCACAAAGGUCUUAAAGACACGCUCUUCUCAAAAAAAGAUCGCGAAAGAUCGCAUAAUGUCUUUAUGAAAGAUAUGAAUCUGUUUCUUGCAAAUGCUGCAAGAAGAAUGUUUUUUAAGUGUCUAAGAGAUUAGAACGUUUUUUAAUCGUCUUUAUGACUUUAUCUAUGGCAGCGGCGUGAUAAGAGCACAAUCGCUAUCGUUAGUGUAUGUUAAUGCACUUUGACACGCUCAAUUCAGUCGAUCAUCGACAUAUCAGUACAAUUGAUAAAACAUACAUCUGGAAGAAACGGAUUUUUAGCUCGGCGGCGCGCAAUGGUUAUUACGGUAUAGAUUACAGUUAAAGAGUCGCUAUUCUGUCUCUUGUGUGAAAUGAUGCUCCAGACGAUCCAUACAUGAGUACUUAUAUACAUUCUCAGUUAAGGUGAUUCCCUUCGAUUGCGCUUACUUUGCUAAAAUUGUAUCGCGCGACAGGAUGAUCGCUUGCGAGUUGGAGCGA